GAUUUGAGCAACGCAUCGACAUGGGAUGAACGAGCAUGUGGCGAAGAUACUGGAAGAGCUCGCCUUCUUCCUGGCGCUGGUGGGUGUCAGCGAAUGCCUGCGCUUCUUGGUGCGGCGGGGCCGGCCUGGCAGCCGCGCUGCGGAGGCGCUGGGGAUCUCCAGCCUGGUGCUGGGAUGGUACAGUGUGUCCAUCACCCUGGUGUUGCUCAACAAAUGGGUGAUGAUGUCCUGGAGAGGUGGCUUGCCCUUUCCGCUCUUCUACACCAUGAGCCACAUGGUGCUGAAGGGCUGCUUCGCCUUGCUCUACUUGCUGGUGAGCUGCGACCCCCCCAAGCCGCAGAGGCGCAGCGUCUGCUGCGGGGUCUCAAUGGUUGGGGUCAUGACCGCCUUGGACGUCGCCGCCUCCAACAUGAGCUUCCUGUUCAUUAGUGUCGCCUUCUACACCAUGCUGAAGUCGGCUUCCUUGAUCUUCAUUCUGGUCUUGGGCGUGCUGCUGCGCAUGGAGCCCUGUAGCUGCGGGAUUGCAGGUACUGUCCUCCUGAUCGCCGCGGGGAUUUUCAUCACCUCCUACGGGGAGAGCGAUUUCGAUGCCCGGGGCUUCUGGCUGGUGCUGGGCUCGGAGGUCUUCGCCGCGCUGCGGUGGCUUUUGACGCAGAGAGCGCUGCACUCCAGCGGCCUCAGCGCGAUGCAGACCGUGUUCUACAUGUCGCCUGCAUCGUCUCUGACCUUAGCGCCCAUCGUGAUUUGGCGAGAACGUCAUGAGCUGAUGGCCCUGGCAGAGCCCGGGGCGCUGCAACAGUAUCUGAUCCUGGUGCUGUUGCCGGGGUUUCUGGCGUUCCUGCUGUUGCUGAUUGAGGUGCAACUGGUGAAAGUGACGUCUUCAUUGACUCUGUCGGUCUUCGGCAACUUAAAGUCUGUGGUCACCAUCAUCUUUUCCAUCGUGGUCUUCAAUGAAAAGACCAGGCCAAUUCAGUGGACAGGUCUUCUGCUCGCACUGAUCGGCAUGGUGGUCUACGCCCGCCUGAAGAACCGAACCUUGGCCGUGGAUUCCCUGGCUGCGGUGAAGUAUGAGGUCCUGCCCCAGGAUGCGGAGGACGACUCCGCCGCCGCUGAAGCCAAAGGCGAAAGUGGCAGCGACGACGCUGGGCGCGAAGAGCGCGCCAGACGCGAUCUCUCAUGAUGCCCAGGUCCAGGUGCAGCGAACUCCCUCUCACUCGGAGGAGGC